AUGUCUGGAUUAAAGUUGUCCAGCGGAGGAAAAAGUACACGAAACGAAAGGGAACGCGGGAACAUGGGGAAGAAAAAAGCAAAGGUCAGGAGAUCCAGAGAAGAUGAUGAGAUUGAAAUGACAGGUCCAGUUUGCAGGCACGUUAGGAAAGGCACAGACCAGACUCUUCUCAAGAAGAUCUCGGGCAUGUUGGAUUGGACGUGUUGCCAGGACUGUAAAAAUGAAGAAAACAAGAACAUUAGCACCAAACCAUCUGCGGACUCUGACGACGACAAGGAUACGGUGGUGGAAGUGUGGAUGUGCAUGAAAUGUGGCCACAGAGGAUGUGGACGAAGCUCCAAGAACCAGCACGCCAUCAAACACUACGAAGCGCCCCGCUCGGAUUCGCAUUGCUUGGUGAUCAGUUUGGACAGCUGGAGUGUUUGGUGUUACGAAUGCGACGAUGAAGUGCGUUACUCCGGGACCAGUCAGUUGGCUCAACUAGUCAACGGUUUAAAAAAGAAAAGACAGCCAGAUCCUCCGCCGACAACACCAAAAGAAGGCAACGUUGCCGACGUGAGGCCGAAAAUCGUCUCUUUCAAGACUGAAGAAGACGAAGACAAGGAGAACGUGAGGACCCGGAGCUGCGAGAGGAGGCCCGCCAAGAAGGAAUCCAUGUCCAGGUCGGACGACGACAGCGGCGUACCCGUACGGGGACUCAGCAACCUCGGGAAUACUUGUUUCUUUAACGCUGUCAUUCAGAACCUUUCUCAAACGCAGUUGCUGAGACAAACUCUCAACAAAGUGAUGGAUGACAAGAUGAGCAUCAGCGUCAAACCUGCGUCCUCCUCCAAAUUGAAAACCAUCGUGGCCGAACUGGACCGACCCGGCUCGCUAACGACUGCGAUGAAUCAGCUUCUCAACGAAAUCCAAGAGUCGAAGAGGGACGUGGUGACGCCGCAGGAGCUGUUCACGCAAGUUUGCACAAAAGCCGCCAGGUUUAAAGGAUUUCAGCAGCAAGAUAGUCAGGAGCUGCUGCGCUACCUGCUGGACGGCAUGAGGGCAGAGGAAAGCAAAAGAGUGAACUCCGCCAUCACGGAAGCACUGAAAAAAUCAGGGAAACACAAAGAUGACGAGCAGCUCAAAUCUGUCGUCAAAGAGUACGAAAAAAACGGGUUGCCCAAGAAUUUUGUGGACCAGGUGUUCGGCGGGGAAAUGACCAGCACCAUCAUGUGUCAGCAGUGUAAAACCGUGUCGGUGGUCACUGAGAUGUUUCUGGAUCUUUCGCUUCCGGUUUCUGAUCAGGCAUACAGAAAAAAGUCCCAGAGUCAAGACAGCGACGACAGGCGGGAAAGUCUAAGCGAAGAUGUUCCUCCCGCUAGCAAGUACCAACAGAAAAAAGCCAAGAAGCAGGCCAAGAAACAGGCCAAGCAUCAAAAGCGGCAGCACAAACUGGAAACCCGAGUUAGCUUUAACAGUCAGCCGGCGGUUUUGAUACCAGAAGCCGCUAACGAGAUCGAUUCACGAGAUUUGGCGCAAACCUGCCGGAGCCGGAGUACCUCAGAAACCAAAGGCGACUCGGGCGGCGAUUCGUUGUCCGGAUUUGUGGACGACGAGGACGAUGAAUUCGCUCUGUUGGACCGGUUUGGCAAAAUCAGCUUGAACGACGCCUUCAUCGACUGCUCGGACACGGAGAGCGAAAACGAGGUGUUGGAGGACCAAAGCAAGGAGUACAUGGUGGUCAACAGGGACCCGGAGCUGGCUUUCCAGACUUUGGCUCGGAGACCUUCCCCAGACAAGCAGGAGUGCUCGGUGGAGUCGUGCCUCUUCCACUUCACCGAGGAAGAGAUUCUCAGUGAGAAUAACAGCCUGCUUUGCGUGUACUGCACUCAACGGCAGGCCGGCAAGAACAAAACUUCAGGUGCCAAAAAGAACGUCUACACAGAGGCCUCCAAGCAAAUGCUGAUCUCCUCGCCGCCUCCGGUGCUUACUCUUCACCUGAAGAGGUUUCAGCAGAACGGUUAUGGUAUCUCCAAGGUCAACCGACAUGUACCCUUCCCUCUGUUUCUGGAUCUGGCACCGUUUUGCGCGCUCAAGAGUAAGAACGUGGCGGAAGGCGAAACCAGAAUUCUGUACGGCCUGUACGGCAUCGUGGAGCACAGCGGAACCAUGCGGUCGGGUCACUACACGGCGUUCGUCAAAGUACGACCCCACUGCUCCAAAUUCAAGGGACCCGACGGAGAGGCUCCCCGCGGGUCGUGGUUCCACAUCAGCGACACCAGCGUGCAGCCCGUCACCGAGGGCCGAGUGCAGAGUAGCCAAGCCUAUCUCCUGUUCUACGAGAGAAUCCGCUAA